AUGUCGCCAAUAGUGCACUGUGUGCGCCACGCGCAAGGCGUCCACAAUCACAGCCAUGCAAAUCACCAUUUGUCCGACCCGGAACUGACGCCCCUGGGAGAAGAGCAAGCCCGCGCCUUAGGUGCUAGGUUCCUUGCAUUGGAUAACAUUCAACUGAUUUUGUCAUCGCCACAGCGACGCGCGAUUCAGACCGCGCUGUUGGCGUUCUCCUCCCACGUGGGGGACGGCAGCCUGCAGGUCGCCGCCUGGCCAGAGGUGCAGGAAGCAAGUGAUCUCAUCUCUGACGCUGGUAGGGAUCUGCCUGACAUUCAGGCCGAGUUUGAGAAGCUGCCGGUAGAUUUUGCUCUGGUAGAGCCUGGCUUUCACAUCAAGCAAGGCAAAUGGGCUCCAGUCGCGAGCAGGCUUUUAGAGAGAGCUCAACUGGCACGGCAGUGGCUGAGCCAACGACCUGAGAAGGAGAUCGUCGUGGUUUCGGCUGUUUUCUGCAUUUUCUUACGGAUGACUGGGUGA